AUCUGGGAUGAAUAAGUGGUCACUUGUGAGGUGCCAAAUCCCACUAAACUUUUUAUCAAUAGAAGUACCGAGUUCUCUUUUUCUUAAUAGAUAGUAGUAGUAGUACGUUGUAUAGCCUAUUUCUCAUUUGAUAUAUGUAUAUAUAUAACUACUUUACAUUCUUUUAUCUAUUAUGCUUUCACAGGCAGUUGUCUACCGCAUUGGUUAACAGCUGAAUCAGAUGGACGAGGCGAGAAAAGUACAGAAUAAAGAAUAGACACCAAAAAAAACUUCAAGGCUACAACGAAACAGAUUUCUGUGCUGAAUCAGAACUCCAGUAAAACUAAGAAACACAGCCACAAACCGGCAAAGAACUCUGGAAAUAUAUAGAAAAGGUAGACAAAAACCCAGACCGCCCAUGUUUGUUGUGGUUAACAACCCGAAAAACAUAUUUCAAAGAAGGCAAAAACCGGAAGAUUAAUUAUUAGGACGAAAAAUCACGGGGUGUGUAUAACAUUCUGACCAGUUACAUGCCAUAACCAGUAAUAUACCGUAAGACUAUAUAUAUAUAUAUAUAUAUAUAUAUACACACACAUAGAGAGAAGGAGAGGAGGUUUAUACAUAUAUAUAUAGGUGUGAAUAUACACAUAUGACUUAAUAUAACGACAGUUCUUCAUUGCCAGAAUGACAUUUUUCGGUGAUUCCACGUAUUUAUUCCCUGCAAUUACUGACCAAGGCCACAUAGAAGUUGUCCAACUUCUUCAUGCCAGUCGAUACAUCGUCAAAUUCUUAGAAGGCUUUGGAACUACUUUCUCACCAAUUCGAUCUGAUAUUACUGGAAACAUUGAGAAACUACAAACCAAGUAUGACACAGACCCUGCUACCUUCUCCCACCUUGAAGCAAUGUUCUUGGAUGAACAAGAGAACAAGACAACAAACUAUGCUGGUAUCAGUGGACUCUGGUUGAAGAGAGCUCUAGAAUUCAUAUACGUUUUUCUGUCUGGAUAUUUGGAAGAACACAAAGCUGGAAAAGCAUCUCAGUCACUACAUCCACUCAUUCAAAAAUCCUAUGAUGAAACACUUAGUCAAUACCACGGAUGGCUUGUACAGAAACUAUUUUCAAUUAUUUCAAUAGCAGCCCCAAGCCGUACGGGCCUUAUGAACAUUUUGUGUAACGGUACCAACUUAGAUGAAGAACAGUUCAUUAAUGACCUUCAGGUGUAUCUGGACUCGUUAUCAAGCAACCUGGAAGUAUUUAAGUCUCUUUUGAUCGAGUAUAACCUGGAGAACAAUGACAAAGUGUAACAUCGUCACAGCAGAGCACAGCGGUGGUGGAUCCUCAUGCGACAUUGUUUUCAGCAUGGUGCAGUGACAGUGAUGGCACAGAGCAGUGGCACAUGACUGAUUAUUGAACUACAUAUUCUGAAUAAAUUUGUAAAAUUAAGGGGGAAAAAAAAAACGUUUUCAUUUCUUUAAGAA